CUUCAUUCGUUUUUCAACCAUCAAACAGUGAGUAUCUACGUGUCGUAAUUCAUAUUCUUUUACCUUCGGUUCCUUUUUGAUAUGUCACUAAUGGUGCUGCUACUAUUUCAAUGAGGUAACUCGGGAACAAAUCGGAUAUUGUCGUAACGUAGUUGUUUUUCGGGGUCUGUACGAUAGGAAUACUUUCGAAGAAUAUAUACACACGGAUUGUGAAGACUACCGAAGAAAGGUGCAAAUUGUGAAAAUUUCUCGAAUGAACAUCAUUGUUUACCAGUAACAGUCUUGACAAAGAGGUGUAAUAGAUAUUCACUGGUGUUGGUACUAAUAAAGAAAAAGUCUAGUGCUAGUGUUUUCGUCAACAAUGUGUAAAAUAACCCAUUGAUUUUUUGUCGGCUGACAAUUCUAAAUAAAUAAUUAAUGAUUUCACGAGACAUCGAGCAAGGAGUUCUACACCAUAAAAAUUGAAAUGCACAUCUCAACGACGUUCGCGGCAUCUAUAAAACGAAUAAAACAAAUCAAGUGACCUUAGAGUGGAAAAACGAAGCCUGGAUUGAUAAAUAAAUACAUAUUAUUAACAGUUUGCCUUGAGAGCUGAUUACGGAACGUCUUUUUUACUGUUCAGUACACUUGCGUUGCCGAAGUCUAGUUGUGUGUGUGUGGUCUUAGUGGAACUUUAUUCGUGAAGGCGAAAACAAACAAGUGUCUGAUUCGAUUUUGGAAAUAAUUUGUCGCAUACAAAUCCAAUUGGGAAAAGUUUCAAUAUGAGAAACACCAUCAACAAUAAUACUAUGGAAUCAUUCUAUGAAGAUAGCAACAACCAAUACGUGCCGGCUACGAGCCAGGCACAGGCUUCUACCGGAAAUGGCUUAAAGCGACCGGCUACUUUGGAGCUGAAUCCGGGGAAGAGUCGCAAGGCACGAUUCAACGCUUCGGUGACGGCACCUCCAGUACUGACCUCGCCCGAUCUGCAAGUGCUAAAACUAGUCUCGCCGGAACUGGAAAAGAUAAUCAUCAACAACGCUGCUCUGCCCACGCCGACGCCAAGCAGUAUCCUAUACCCGACAAAGGCCACCACCGAACAGGAACAAUUUGCCAAAGGAUUCGACGAAGCUCUUAACAAAUUGCACCACAACAAUAACAAUAACAACAAUAAUAAUAAUAAUAAUAACAGCACCAACAACAACAGUAACAGCAACAACAGCGUCAGUUCGAUUGCAACAGUAUCGAGCGUUUCCACUGCAACGACGACUACCCACAACAACACCAUGAGUGGUGGUGACAUCACCUAUACAGACCUCGAUAAUUACCCUGGCGUUAUCAAGGAGGAGCCCCAAACCGUGCCACAAUCACCCCCCGUCAGUCCGAUCGAUAUGGAAAAUCAAGAACGCAUUAAACUGGAACGUAAACGGCUGCGAAAUCGCGUAGCCGCUUCCAAGUGCCGCAAAAGGAAGCUGGAACGAAUUUCGAAGCUCGAGGAUAAAGUGAAAGAUCUCAAAUCACAAAACACCGAACUUUGCAGUAUCGUGUUCAACCUAAAGCAGCACGUUUUCCAGUUAAAGCAACAGGUGAUAGAGCAUCAUAACUCGGGAUGUACGAUCACAUUGACAGGAAAGUUCUAGAUUAAUCGCGACCAUAACUCCAUGAUUUGAUUUGCCCUGAUCAGCAUCGAUCGCGUCGAGGAUUUAUUUAUUUACAUGCAGUUUGGAAUGAAUACAGCUUUUUUCCUCACUUACCGUUUAGGUUGUAAGUAAUAGUGCUAGCAUACCGCUUAAACUACGACGAACAGAAAUGCCUUACGAGUUGAAACGAGCGUUAGUGUUAACCAUUAGACUGUAAGCGAUUUCUUAGAAGUGUGCGCAACUGUGAAAAAACGCUUGAUUAUUUUCAGUUGUAAGGCGAGAAACAAAUGCGUAAAACAACACACAAACAAGAUUAUUCUAGUCUUCGAUAAAAUGUCGCAAACAAUGAAAUUGUAAGCGUUUAUAAUAUUUACUUUUCAACAUUGUAAAAGAUAAACUCCAACGUGUCAUAUUGUUCCAAUCCGCUAGUGUACCAAGUAUUGAGGAUAUACGUUUUGAAUUGUUUGGAGAGAUAAAUUAAACAAAUAAAUUAUUUAAACAGUUACUGUGGUAGUCAUUGGAGAAAGUGAGCAAUUUUAAUUUUUAAAUGUUUAUAUUCCUUGUUUUAGUUUAGUAAUUACAUUUUUAUUACAUUGUUUUAGUUUCAUUCUACCAAUUAAUAUCUGCAUCUUAAAUUUUGGUAAACCUAA